GUGGCGCAUUAGUAAUCAGGGAUAAGAAAUGCAUUAGCUAUGUGAUACUACCCUGGGGAAGUAACAGAAAGGGAAAGUGGAGGAGAGUUGUGGAGAGAAGUGGCUUUAGUCUUCUAGUGUGAAGGGAAGGCUGAGAAGUAUUUUGUCCCUGCUCCUUGCUUAGUCAGUUGGCAAAUUGUCUGCAUUCAGUGAUUGAAAUUUCCCUGCACCCAGUGGUGCAACACCCUCCUCUUCUUCACCUUCUUCGACCCGCUGUUGCCUGAAUUCUCUCCUCAAGACCCAUAAAUUCCAGCUCGUGAGAGCGUAAGCAAGCUUCCCUGUUUAGUGUUUAGGAGCACUGAUUCAUCUCCAGUGCGAAGCCCUAGCCGUCGUUUCCGUGGCUGCUGGAUCGGGGGUAACGAUGACGAAGGAUCUGGAGAGGAAUCCGGUGUUGCAGGGUUACCGAAUGCCAGCAGAGUGGGAGCCCCAUUCUCAGUGUUGGAUGGGCUGGCCAGAACGCCCGGAUAAUUGGCGAGACAAUGCUUUUUAUGCUCAGCAAACAUUUGCUCAAGUGGCAACUGAGAUUUCAAAGUUUGAGCUAGUCACUGUGUGUGUUAGUUCUCAACAGUAUUUAAAUGGAUAUGAGCGGUUGAGGGGUUUGGCUAAUGUCAGUGUGGUGGAGAUGAGUACUAAUGAUGCCUGGCUCCGUGAUACAGGACCUACUGUGAGCUUGUUUGUUGUGCAUGAUGGGAAGUCAAGUUCAAAACACCAAAAAAAUCAAGUUGCUGGCAUUGAUUGGACCUUUAAUUGCUGGGGUGGACCAGAGGAGGGUUGUUACAGUGACUGGAGUCUUGAUGUUCAUGUUGCAAAAAAGGUUUUGGAAUUGGAGAGAUCGCCUCGGUUUCUAAAUCCAAUGGUUUUGGAGGGUGGGAGCAUUCAUGUAGACGGAGAAGGUACUUGCAUUACAACUGAAGAGUGCUUAUUGAAUCCAAAUAGGAAUCCACAUAUGACUAAGGAAGAAAUUGAGAAUGAGUUGAUGUGUUAUCUUGGAGUUGAAAAAAUCAUUUGGUUGCCCAGAGGACUCUAUGGUGAUGAUGAUACCAAUGGUCAUGUUGAUAAUAUGUGCUGUUUUGUGAAGCCUGGGAUGGUGCUUUUGUCAUGGACUGAUGAUGAAUCAGAUCCUCAAUAUGAAAGGUCGUUGGAGGCUAUCUCUGUUCUAUCCAGCACUACCGAUGCCAAAGGCAGAAAAUUAAGUGUCAUCAAGCUCCAUGUACCUGGGCCACUUUAUAUGACAGAGGAUGAAGCAAAAGGGGUUGACAAUUCAGGAAAUGCAAAACCAAGGCUGGUUGGUACAAGAUUAGCGGCUUCUUAUGUAAACUUCUACAUUGCCAAUGGAGGAAUCAUUGCACCAGCAUUUGGGGAUGAAAAGUGGGAUAAGGAAGCCUAUCAGGUUCUCUCGUCUGUGUUCCCUGAUCAUGAGGUUGUAAUGAUUGACAGUGCGAGGGAAAUAUGUUUAGGAGGCGGGAAUAUACACUGCAUAACUCAGCAACAGCCGGCUCCUCGUAUCAUCAAAGAAUGAGAACUGAAUUUGAUGAGAUGGAUCAAAACUCAUUGUUUGUUAUAAGUAAAUUAUAUUCGGAAAGCAAUUGAGAGCUGUUUAAUGAAUGCACAUAAACAGCUUGGUUUGCUUGUUUUGGGGAAGUAUUACUGCCAAGGUGUAUGUAGAUACUGUGUUAUUUCUGAUCCUUGAUUGUUCAAAGGGCCUUCAGCAAUGUUGAAGAUGUCGUCACCCUUUUAAAUGAAUUUUCAUCCUUCAA